AUGCUUGAGGAGCCUCGCACCCAAGUUCCAACGGAAGUGGCCACAGAGUUAUCACCGCCGCCACACACGAAGAGGCCCGCAACCGAUAUUCUGGAGAGCGAAUUGAACAAGAUAAAGAAAAAGCACGACGAGCGUUACACAGAAGAUAGUGCCAAAUGGGAAGAGCGCUAUACAGAAGACUGCAUGGUGAUGAUUGCUGCGAAGGAGAUUUUUGAUUGCAUUUGCGGAGACAAUAUCAGACUCAAAAACCACAACACGACUCUGCAGCAGGAGAAGGCGCAGCUACAAGGUGAUAUGAAGAGCAGGGACGCAGUGAUUAUGUACAGAAACCAAGAGCUGGCGUCGACAAGAUCGGAUCUAGGUCUAGCAAACCAAAAGUGCGAGAGACAAGACAGGGAGAUGAAGGAGAUUUGGGGCAAGAUUGGCACUCUUGAAGACGCCAUUUACAAGCAGACUUUGGCGGCGACUGAAACAGAAGGGAAGCAGAAAGAAAAGGAUGAUGCAGCUCUGAGCGUCUCGCUCCGAAACGCAGAACAGGAUCUGGAGGUCAUGGAGUCACGGUUGAAGGGAAAAAGCGAAAGAAUAUCGACUUUGGAACUUUUGGAAGCCUUCGUCGGCAAGUUCAUGGCAGAGGGCUCGAAGUUCAUGGUGAGGCCAAAAGAGAAAGCUGCACCGUCCAUACCUGCUCUUCAAACCGAGAUUUUGGAGAAGGAAUUGAGACAAUCGCCAGACCUCAAGAGCAAGCUCAGCGCCUAUGACAAGAUGAAGUAA